CCUUUCCUUUCCUCUCCUCGGGACCGGGUGGGCGAGGGGUUGCGGGAAGGCCCGGUGUGCGGUUGGAGGAGCUCUGAUACCCACCGCCCCUCCCGAAGGGCGCUCCGAGGAGUUAUUCUUAGUGCCAGGCGACUUGCGCGGGGUGGGCGGCCAAGGGCUUUGCUGCUGCCUUUUAAAGCCCGCCUGAGGGACGCGGCGCUGACUUCUCCGCGCUGCCCCCGCAGGGUCGCUGUUCCCGCCAGCGCUCGGCCGCUGCAGCCAGGCAGGGGGUGCGGGGGUCUGGGUCCGCGGGCAGAGGCAAGAGUGGGCGCUGGGCACAAGGGGAGAGGUGCUCCUGAAGGCUGCUGGGCGAGGGGCGCGGGGUCGUGUUUGCUGGUCCUGGGCUAGGAUCUGAUACUACUGUGAAGGUUUGGAGUCAUGGAUGGGUGAAACAACCCCCCUGGGUUACCGACAAGCUCAUUCAUGUGCUAACUUUAUCUGAAGGUGCUAUCCGUGCAGGUUUUUAGAGUCAAAGCAAAUAAUCACAGCACAACCUCAGUUCUUCGGUGCAUUUCGAGAAGUUGGAGAAACCAUGCUUCAGUGGAGAGCACAAAGUGGGUGCACGUCCCUAGCUGUUGUAAACAAGUGUAGGAAAUGUAAGAUUCUUCCCUUCUGCCAACUUUGCAUGUUUAAAUAUAGAAAUGUUGAAGUAUAUGUCAUCCAACAUGUAAUGCUAGUGGCAGCUGAAGAAAUCUAGUCCAAUAAAAUAAUUUUUAAAAUUUAAUGUAUCUGAAGCAGCAGAGCAAAAUCCUUCCUUUUAAAAUGUUAGUUAUCACUUGAGAUUUAUGGUACUGUUUGGAAGAUAGAGUGUUGUGAAUCUGAUGCAAGUCUUGUGUCUGGGUGAACUCCAGUAAAUCAAGGGAACUAAAUUAGUCCUGGGGAGGAGGGGAAAUCGCACCACUUGGUUCUGACAGUGAGUGGAGUUUCUGUGAUUGUUAUGCUGAUGCUGAACACAUCAUUCCAGCAAAAGUAACUCACCUGUGAAAGGGACAGAAGUUUCCUGAAGUUUGUCCCAAGCUGUGAAAGGAAGUCCUUCCAGACCACCCUCUGCUUCAAGUACAUUAGUACCUAACAUUUAUUUAUUUUAAAAGCUUUCAAGCACAUUUAUCUUUGUAUUCUUCCAAAUUAAAACCAAAACAAAUAUACUGAGAGGCAUUUCAAAUGUUUCAGGGAUGGGGAAUGUAAGACAAGGGAUCAUGGCAUAUAGAACUUGUAUAUAUUGAAACAAGCUGAUGGUAGUUUGCUUAUGCUAGAAAGACCAAAUAAAACAAAUUCUAUGAAAAGUUCAUGUAGACACUGUGCAGAUUCAGUACACAGUGGAUCUUGGAUUAGAAUUUGUAUUACACAGUGUGGAAAAUGUUUGAGUUCUGGUUUGUGUUACCUACUGGUAUUAAAACAUUGACAGUAAAAAUAGGCAUAAGGCCUAUACGAAAACUAAACUGGUUUUCAUUGGCAUCUAUAAUGUACUAUACAGACAGAAAAAGACAUGGUGCCUGCCCAGCUCCUGUAAGCAGGUGUCCAUUGCUGCAGUUGAUUCCAUUUGACACUACCCCUGUACACACAAUACUUCUGAACCCUGCUGGGCUCUGGUACAAAUUGGAACAGGAACAAGACAGCUCUACACAGACGUGAGCAGCCAUAAUGAUAUAUUUUGAAAGGUGCAGUGAAUUUUGUAUGUGUGACAUACAUUUUUAGUCUUUUGCAACAUGUUGUAGUUAAGAUUAUCCAUGCAUGGAGUAUGGAGCAUACAUCUUCUGUGUAACUGAUGAUACUAAAACACAACUUUUGAUUCUUCAGACUUCAAUGAAGACUGGCACUUUAUGAAGUUUUAAUGCAAUUAAGUUUUGGUCCUGAAGCUCAGUAUGUUGGCUAGUGUGUGUGUGCAUAAAUGGUCUGACCAAGAUUCUUGACCUAAGUAAAAAUGUACUUGAUGAGAUGCAUGAAUAUGCAGCUGCUUCUAGCUUUGUCCACACUUACGGAUUAAAUAAAAAUCAGUUUCAACUUUCUUAACAGAUUAAUUUAUUUAGAAUUUUUUUAACCUGUCUAUGUAUAAAUCCUUUUAAAGCUUAAGGUUCUAGGUUAACAAGGUACAUAAAUAUGACAACUAAUUUGGAGUCAAUGUGUUAAGUUAUUGAUGCCAUUUAUUAGCAGCUUUAUGGGGAUAUUUUCUAUGUGAAUAUAUUGUCAUAAUAAGCAGCAGUGAGUACAAAAAGACAGGUAAGAUAAAAGUGGAGUAAUAAUUUAAAACUUUUAAAAAACUUUCACUUUUUAAGUGUUUUGGAAACAAUGUAUUUUUACAGAGGGGGCUUCUGUUUGUAAAUCAGUGGUUACAGUUGACUGUUACAGUGACUAAAUCCAGAAGAACUUCUGGGUAAGUAUGUUGGGUACAAGGAUCUAGCAGCUUAGAAUUCCUCUAGUUGGAGAUAACUGCAAAAAACACCUGCAUCUUAAGUGAAAAACAUCAAACUUAAUUUUACUAGUGUAAGGACCAGAAAUGGGACCAAGAUUAACUUCGCAACUGUGAGAAAAAAACACACAGCAGCUUAAGUCAAUGUGGUCUUUAGUUGGCUUGAAAAUGCAUGUUGCCUCUACCUGUCAGCUUGCAUGCAUUGCAGAGUAGUUGAGAAAAGUUGUGACGUGUUCAUUGUAAAAUGAGAUCUAUUGAAAGGUGCUGUGAAGAUUUAGUUCUUCCUUUUGUGCCUUCACACAUUUUUGUUCAUUUUACAGUGGACUUUAUAUUUAAGACAGAGGCAAACAAAGGGGAAGGACUGCAAAUGAUCCAAAAAGACCGGUUGGUUGCUUGCCAUUAACCUGGCAGGAGUGUACCAGAAAGUGAUCGAAGCAGAACCCCAGGCUGGCCACACACUGCCCUGAUACUGUGGGAAAGAGCUCUACAUCCACCAUGUUGCCCUGUGGAUCAGCUUUGUCCUUCAUUCGGUGUCUGGUGAGGAAGAAGAACAUCAGUGGUGAAAGUCCUGAAGAUGCCAACUUGUGCCGCUGUUUAUCAACGAUGGACCUUAUAGCCCUGGGAGUAGGAAGUACCCUUGGUGCUGGUGUUUAUGUCCUUGCUGGAGAAGUAGCCAAAUCCGAUUCUGGACCUAGCAUCGUUGCUUCUUUCCUCAUUGCUGCGCUGGCAUCUGUGAUGGCAGGUCUCUGCUAUGCUGAGUUCGGUGCUCGCGUUCCCAAGACUGGUUCUGCGUAUUUGUAUACUUACGUAACUGUCGGAGAACUGUGGGCUUUUAUCACUGGUUGGAAUCUCAUUUUGUCCUAUGUUAUAGGUACAUCAAGCGUAGCAAGAGCCUGGAGUGGCACCUUUGAUGAACUUCUCGGAAAACAGAUUGGUCAUUUCUUCAGAACCUACUUCAAAAUGAAUUACUCUGGGCUAGCAGAGUAUCCUGACUUCUUUGCUGUACUCCUUGUAUUACUUUUAUCAGGUCUUUUAUCCUUUGGAGUAAAGGAAUCUGCAUGGGUGAAUAAAGUUUUCACUGCUGUUAACAUCUUGGUCCUAAUCUUCGUUGUGAUUUCUGGUUUUGUGAAAGGAGAUGCUUACAACUGGAAAAUUAGUGAAGAAUAUCUCAUAAAUCUUACUGCAGUAACAAAGAAUUUCUCAUCCUAUGAGAAUGUGACAAGUUUAUAUGGGAGCGGAGGAUUUAUGCCAUAUGGUUUCACAGGAACACUGGCUGGUGCUGCAACAUGUUUUUAUGCAUUUGUAGGAUUUGACUGCAUUGCAACAACUGGAGAAGAAGUCAAGAAUCCUCAGAAAGCCAUACCCAUAGGAAUUGUGGUGUCCCUGCUUGUCUGCUUCCUGGCCUAUUUUGGGGUUUCAGCUGCACUGACACUUAUGAUGCCAUACUAUCUACUAGAUGAGAAAAGUCCUCUGCCAGUAGCAUUUGAAUAUGUUGGAUGGGGUCCUGCAAAAUACGUUGUAGCUGUGGGAUCCCUCUGUGCAUUGUCCACAAGUCUUCUUGGAUCCAUUUUCCCAAUGCCGCGUGUAAUCUAUGCUAUGGCGAAGGAUGGCUUGCUUUUCAAAUGUCUAGCUCAAAUCAGUUCCAAAACGAAGACCCCACUAGUUGCUACUCUAUCGUCUGGUGCAGUAGCAGCUAUAAUGGCAUUUCUGUUUGACCUAAAGGCUUUAGUGGACAUGAUGUCUAUUGGUACGCUUCUCGCUUAUUCACUUGUGGCAGCCUGUGUCCUCAUUCUCAGGUACCAACCCAAUUUAACCUACGAGCAACCAAAAUAUUCUCCAGAAAAAGCAGCUUUGACUGCAUCUGAAAGGGAAUCUGCAGUAAGUCAAUCACAGAUAAAUAUGAUACAAGAGAAUCACUUCAGUCUUCAGGCCCUGAUUAAUCCAUCCAGUUUCCCUACAGAGCAGACUGCAACUACUGUUAACUUUUUAGUGAGUCUAUUAGCUUUCUUGGUUUGUUGCUUGAGUGUCCUCACUACGUAUGGGACUCAUUUCAUUGCUAACAUGGAGCCCUGGAGCAUCGGCCUUCUUGCUGUGUUGGUGGCAUCCUUCAUAGUUACUGUUCUCCUCAUCCAAAGGCAGCCUCAGAGCCAGCAGAAAGUAGCCUUUAUGGUUCCACUAUUGCCAUUUUUGCCAUCAUUAAGUAUUCUGGUAAAUAUUUACUUGAUGGUGCAAUUAAGUGGAGAAACCUGGAUCAGAUUCAGCUUCUGGAUGGCACUUGGCUUCCUCAUUUACUUUGCUUAUGGCAUCAGGCACAGUCUUGAAGGUCAUCAUAGCAAUGGAGAUGAAGAUUCUUGUUCAGAAAAUAGUGGGUUGCAAGAAAAGGACCCUGUGGAAGAAGUGGAUGAACCUGAAAAUGCAAAUGAAAGUGAUCAGUUUCUUGCACGUGAGAGGACAAGUGAAUGUUAGUCUAUACAAACGUGCAAGUCUUUUAAACCUUAAAUUGACAUUUUACUUGCAGACUGAAUUUCAAAAGCUUUCUGCCUAUUGCAAGUGUUUACUACAAGGCCUGGCUGAUGUUUUGGACAAGCUGCUAAUCCAUCUUCAUCAUUGCAGACCUGACAGCAUGGAGAUUAAUAUUUAAAUUAAAAAACAAAUGAGGAGUACCCUUUGGCAAGCAAAAAUUUUGGAUGCGUUGUUUGAACUGUCAUCCAAAAUCACUGCCAAUCACAGAAUAUGAAGAAUUUUACAACAGCCUGCAAGCAUUUCUGAACAUUUGACACUACAUUGUGAACGCAAGUGCCUUUUUUACCUUCUCCUUACCUCUGUUGCAAGUUUUGGUCACAAUCUAAUGGCUCUCUUUUUUCUACAGAAGUAACUCUCACAGGAGAUAAAUUGCAGACAGGCCUGGAAAGUAUUUGCAAAACAAAUGGUAAUUGUACAGAUCUGAUACUUCGCAAAAAGUAGAGCAUCGUGUAUUUAUAUAAAAAGAAAUAAUUGCUUACCCUUACCAAUCUGUAGUCAUGGAGAACUCAAACAGUAAAGAUACUUCAAAGGCUUUUAGUCCCUCUAAAUAGUAUUCAAGAUUUCUGCUUAUGUGAAUUCCUUUCCUUUUAGAGAUACUGUGUGUAUAAAAUAACACUUCCAAGAAGAGCUAUGCUGUUUUCUGCAAAAGCAUCUGGGAAAUAAUAACAGAAUCACAGAAUGGUUGGGUUUGGAAGGGACCUCUGGAGAUCAUCUAGUCCAACUCACCUGCUGAAGCAGGUUCACCUAUAGCAGAUCACACAGGAAUGUGUCCAGGUGGGUUUUGAAUGUUUUCAGAGAAGGAGACUCCAACUAAUCUGUAGGUCACACUAUUGACAGUGACAUUCAUAUACGAUUUAGCAAGUAUUAUGCUUUUGAUUUCAGAAGGGCCAGGAUUUUGUCCCUGACUACAUAAUUGGGUAUUUACAUACAGCAGUCAUCAAGUUUUCCUCCUUACUACUCCUUUGUUCUGACUAUACUUUCUUCUCCUUUAUCAUGUGCCAGAGCUGAUAAUUCUGAGAUCAGUUGUUACACAUUGCUUCUCCUCAGAAAAGUUAAUGCACAAAAUCCCAGCCUUCUUUUCUGAUUGAAGGGGAAGUUAAAAAAAUCAGAGGCCCAGGCUUUGGAAAAAAUCCUUGUCAAAACAGUAUUUCAGCACUUCAACUAAGCCUUAAACAUAUGUUAGCACAGCAGGUUUUUGUGAGCUAAGUCUGCAUCUACAAAUCCAUUCAAGUUGGUAGGAAGUCCAAAUGCUAGUUUACGUAAAGAACCGAUUUUUUUUCAGCAGUACUCUUUUUUUAUUAAAGCUAGUGAAAAUGGAAACCUUCCUUCUCUCAACAUAAAAGUAAUGUCACUUGUCAAAGGUACCCAGAUAUUUUAACAGUCUUUCUUAGCAAGUAGCAGGCUCAAGUCCCACGAAGGAUUCCAAAAGGUGAAGUUAUUUUUCAAGAACGUAUUUAUAAAAAUAACUUCCCUAAAGUAAGAACUGUCUUGGACUUUGUCAUGGAGAGUUGCAAUCUGUUGCCAGUACUAAUCACUAGUAUUAAUUUCUGCUGGUAGGUAUCAUAUAAAAACUUCAGAUCUCGUGAGAGUUGAGCACAGUGAAAGCUAUGUCACUAUGUUGGUUGAUAGUGAAAAGCACCUUAUAGUGACUAGAAUUUCACACACACAAAAAAUUUUUAGAGGAAAGAAAAAGAGACUAGUUAAGCUCCUUCUGUCUCCUGUUCUUUUUCACAGUAAUAAAUACAUGCUUUUUAAUCUUAAAACGACUUACGCUGUUGUAAGAGAGAAGCGUGCCUAAAUGUUGAAGGGCAGAAGUGCUUCUCAAUAGAGAACCCUGCAAUGGGCUGAUAUUCCACCGUGGAGCAGUUCUGAGGUUUCCAGCCUGAUGCUUUCUUCCCGGUUUGAACUGGGAGGAGAGGGUCCUGCAGUGCCGGCCGCAGCGGGAGGACAGACGUGUGCUGGUGCACCAGUGGCCUCUACUGGCUACUCAGAAUUAGGAGAAGCUAUCUGAAAAUCUGAGAGGCAUGAAAUAGGUGUAGCACCUACCUCUUAACGGAGGUUAAAGCGUAUACAUCCUCUAAAUGCAACUGCAUUUAGGGACCGUUGUUCUAACAACUGGUGGUCCUUAGAAAUGGAUGAGACGGAGGAUGAGGAGAAACUAUAGUGUGGGUGGCAACAGGAUACCGUUUUUUAAUAUAUUUGAAUUCAUCCAAAAUUGAUCAUGUUAUAGCCAUUUUUUUCCACAACUCUUCAUUGUUUUACAAAUGCCAUUAAAGAAAGACUCAAAUCUCAUAUUAGACUAAUACAAGUAGAUGCUAUACUAAGUAAAUAUUUGGUUGAUAGGAAUGGAUAGGAAUUCUCAGGGCAGUUGCUAGACCUACUGAUAAUUUCCAAUACCUCGAUCCAGUGAAUGUCCAUGUCAGUUGGAUCUCUUAUUUUAAUUAUACUUCUCCACUGAAGCCCAUUUUUAUGCCAAUAAUGAAAAAAAGAACUACAUGUUCUUAUUUGAAAUACUAGAAAUUUAAGACUUUUCAGGCUCUUGAAAGGAAUCCAAUAUAGAAACUCUUAGAUAUGUCAAAACAAAGGUUUUACGUGUAAGUAACCAAAAAACUGAGUAAAUGAAUGUAUGUUAUGUUGUUUUUAAUCCCACAAGGAUUUGAAAUGGAGAAGCUAAUGCUUUUCCUGAUCAGCUGCAACUCUGUCAGCAGCAUGGCUUCUUCAGUGGUUAUACUUUCAGAGGACAUUCUUAAUCUGUCUUGCCCAGUACUCUUAAAUCCUCAGCUGCAAAAAAUGGCAUUGCUGUGGGAGCAAGUCAGCAGUGCUCAGGCAAAGCUUUUGCAUCCCAUCUUUACAAGCCUACAGUGAAACACAGCUCUGUUAAAAGUCCUUACACAUCUUGGUGUCUGGGAAGCAGAGACUUAUUUUUUCUAUGGCUGCUGAUGCUGCAGAGCAGGCGAGCCAGGCCCCCAAGAUGCGAACUCCUGCUGUUCUGUGAUGUGCAAGGAAGAUGCCAUUCCCUCCCAAGGCUAUCAUAUAGAAUGUAUGUGUGCACACCUGUCUAUGUGUUUGCAUCUUUCUGACAUUAGCAUAUAGUGAUUUUGAUGUACUGAUUGAGAUAAUUUCUAUACUUGCACUGGGAUUUUCCUUUGAAGGGAUACUGUCAAUAUACUAAGUUUCUGACUAAAGCAGGUGCUACCUAAGGCUUCUGGGGAUAGAGUAAAUAAAUAUUACAGCUUGUUUACCUAAUGGUUGUGUCAGCACUUUGUGUAUUGACAGUUUCCCCUUUUAUUUGUAUUAAUAUUUCUCCCCUUUGUUAUAGAAAUCAAUUAUAUAAAAAGAAAAGAAUGUGCCUGUACAAGUGUUGCUAAGGGAGAUGGGAGCAGCCGCAGCACAGGGAACUAUCCACUUAACUAAUGAGAUAUAAAAUGUAAUUAAAUGAAAGUCAUUGGGUAUUCUUGGUUGUUUCAAAUGUGCAAAGCUUAUUUAUAUGUGUGUAUAGUUAAAGUCAUUAUUAGUCAGUGGCUGAGUAAGAACACCACAAGCCGGAAGUAAGAUAUUUGUGGUAAUUUGGGUGUGUAUUUUUAUAUGCAGUCUCAAAAUUCCAGGUGCUUUAGUGGGACUUUGCAGGAGCAGGCCAUGUGAAGGACAGCCACGCUAGUCCUUGCCCGGGUGUCAUGUAUGGAACAAAUCCUGGUUUUGUUCUGGCGUUUGCCGUGUGUCUGUAUUUGCCAAGGGAGCAGCUAAAAGCACAAGUCCAGUGGAAUUAAAUUGUUGUUGUUUUUUAACAUAGUUGUUGAUAUUGUAAAUUGUUCUGUGCAAAUAAUAAUGGUAUGUGUCAAUACAAAAUAUCUUUUAUUGGAAGUAGCUUAUUGUUUUUUUCCUUCCUUUGUGGAGAAAAAUCCCCCAAAACAUGUAUUCGUGUUUGUACAUUCUGGAUGUGCCUUUAGAUAGAGGAAUUAUUCUUACCUAGUUGGAUUUAAGAAAGUAAGCCAAAGAAUAUUUAAGGGAGAAUAAAUAAAGCUUUUCGUUCUGAGGGAUAAGAGAUAACAUUUCUGUAUAAUUUAACUAAAGUGAUCUUCUUGUGGUAUUCCAGUCCUAGUUCUGCAACAGGAACUUUUAUGAGGCAUCUUAGAUUUCAUUGUCUGCUGGAUAAAACUACUCUAUUAACAAUAGUAUGUUUUUACCUGUACAACAAAUGCUGGUUAGAUUCCUAAAAUGUCAUAUUAUGUUUAUGUCACAAUGUGUUAAAGCUAUUUAUAUUACCUGCUGUCAGAGAAUUAUCACGAGUAAAUGGCAAUAGUAGUGAUAUAUGUUUACUUAUGUACUUACUUUAGAAUCUAACACUGCCACCCAGAAACUUCAAAUAAUACAGUGAAUUUAGAGGCAUAGACUUGGUAAAGCUUAAAUAUAUAUUCUGUAUUUUAUUAGAUGUUAAAUGUACGAGUCUAGCCAUGUUUUUUUGAAAAUUUUUAAGAAACAAAAGGCACACUGUUUUCAUUGAUGUUUUUGGUAAGUCCCAAUAUCAGGUGUGCCAUAGGCAUCCUGAGAUACUGAGAGCUGAACAGCCUGGGUGAAAUCCAUGGCAGUGCAGGCUGCCUGUGUGGGACUGCGCAAUUGUUUUAAUCAGGUGUGAUGCCUUUGACAUGGAGGUGCAUUUUGUAAAGUAGGAAUUAAAUUCACAUGAUGGCUGGCAUGUGUUACUUCAUUUCAUAAAAAAAAAAAAAAAGAAAAUAAAAGCACCUUAUAAUGCUCUUGGUCCCUAAUUCUUCCUAGACUUGCCAGGAAUUGUAUAGAAAUUGCAGUACACUCAUUGAAAGCGCUGGGAUUACUCAGUGUUAGGCAAAUACAUAUUUUACAGAAAGAGCAGUUGGUAUUUCACAUAGUGUAGGAUCUUUGUAUUUGAUUGUACUUUAAGUAUUCAGUUGUAUUUGUGCUUUUAGGUUUUUUAUUUUUUUUCCUGCUACAUGUUUUGAGGACCUCUGCAUUUUUAAUAGUUGGAUCUUUCCAAACCUGAAUAUAAUGCCUUUACCAUCUCCUGAUCUGUUUUCCAUUUAAUUUUAGAAAUCAAGCUCCUUAACAUUAGCUAAGUCAAAGGAUUUCUGUGCACAGACAUGCAUUGCAAAGAACUGUGUGUAUAUAUAAUUAUUUUUAUUGUCCAUUGGACAAAUUCUUUUGUCUUUGUAUGUUUUCAUUGAGCCUUGUGCUGGGUAAACUCCAGCUUCACCAGCAGAAGUUUAGCUGGAAUCAGGACAAAGGAUAAAACGAUCUGAAUGUUCAGGAUGGCUUUUUUUCUAUUGUGUAACCAGAAAGUAAAGCAUGAAAGACGUGUUACAAAUCUUUAAAAAGAGUUAUGUGUGCAUCAUUUUAAGAAACAUUAUUGUUCAUAUCCAUUUUAACUUUUCCUUCUGUUCAUAUGUACAUUGUAGUGAUUAUUUCUGUAUUAUAUGCUGCUGAGCAUUUGAAAUGUAGAUAGGACGACUAUGAUGCAAUUUAAACCACAAAUUUGUAUUUCCUUGAACUGCUCUACCAAAAUGAAAAGUCUUGAAUUUUUAUGAAUGUAAAAAAUGCUUGUAUUUAAGAAUAUGGUGCUUCUUUUUUCACUUUUACAAUAGAAUUGUAAGCAGCGAUAUUUUUAGUUACCUUAGUUACAGAUUCUGAUGGAAAUUACAUUGCUCUUCAUUUACUGUAAAAUGUACUUCACAGGAUAACAAUUGUGCAUUUGUUCUGUAUUUUUAAAUAAAGUUGAAUCUCACUUUUA